AUGGCUCCCGAUCUGAGUGCCGUGCCUGUAUCGCCCCAUCCGGGUUCUACCAACACAAGUAACCCGUCGAGCACGCAGCCGGCGUCGGGCUCGCUGUCACGUCGAACAUCCACAACAGUCUCUAGGCGGGCGUCACAGAUGGCUAUGAGCCCUCCACCCCUGCCUCUAGCAUCGCCUGGAGGUACCCUACCACCGCCCGCCCACUCAGCAUCACAACAUGGAUACAGUUUCCCACCGCUCAGUCCCGGCGCGAGUGGCUACAUGCAGGCCAGCGCCGACUCCGCAGGCGUUCCGAUGAGACACCCACGUCCCAUGACGCCGGCAGAGAUGCACCUGGAGCUCGAGAAGGAGCAGGAAGCAGUCGUCAACCGCUUGACGCGUGAACUCUCUGCUCUGCGCGCACACUCUGCGUCUGUAGCAUCGACAACUUCCAUGUCAAGCGCCGCAGACUCAUCCGUUGCCCACGCCGAAGCUCCAACCGGUCCGAUGCAUCCCACGUCCUCCCGCCGCCACCGCAGUUCCUCGAGCGUCUCUCGUAGCGGUCUGCCGCCGGGUCAUGUCCCGCAUCGCUACUCUAUCUCCUCCCAACCAGCGACCGGCGAUCCCAAUCAGCGAGAUCACCGUAGCUCGAGUGUUGUUAGUACCCCACGCUACGAGGAAGUUGCACAACACAAAGCGGAGUUGGAGGAAGUCAAAAAGGAAAACGAGGCUCUCAAGCAGCGCAUCCGCGACCUGGAGCGCCAGAUUAGGGGUAAUAAUGAUGCUGAUGGGCAGAGGGGUAGGAGGGGCGCACCGCAAUCUCAGAGCAGCGGGGUUGGCAAUGCUUCUGAUAAUGCGCAAACCCCUUGCUAA